GCAUAAAUUUGCGAUGUUGGUGAACAAGUUGGUGGUGGUCACCUGGGCGGCAGUGUUGGUUGGUCUCGGGACAGCCGCUCCUGCAGGCGGCUCCUCCCUCGUCUUGAUGGACCACACGCAGGACAGCCGCCUCCAGGACAGCCGCCACCAGGACGGCCGCCUCCAGGACGGCCGCCUCCAGGACGCCCGCAUCCAGGACGCCCGUUUCCAGGACACCCUCCCUCUGGACGACCGCCUACAGGAGAGCUUUUCCAGAGACAACCUCAAGCCCCUCAGUGACGAACGAUCAAACGAAAAAGAAGCAAAAAAGAGGAAAAAAACGCAAGGAGAAAAAGAAAAACGAUACAUGGCACGGUAUCUCAAAAAACGCUGGCCAGAAAAUGUGAUCCCGGUUAUGAUAGACAAAGAACGUCCCCCUCUGAAAGAGGAGAUGGUGCAUGAAGGGAUUGCCAUGUUCAAUAAAUUAACGUGUCUUUAUUUCUACAACACGACUGACACGGACGAGUACUACUUGAGGAUCACCUCUAGAAGUAAAGAUGGGUGUUUUGCACACCUUGGAUUCCAGAACCAGGACCGCGGCUUUCAAGAUGCAAACUUCUCUCCUGGUUGCUUUUACUCCAUAAGCGUAAUCUUACAUGAGCUGUCCCACGGCCUUGGUUUCAAUCAUCACCAGUCUAGAGUAGAUCGUGAUGAGUAUGUGACUAUCAAUUUUACAAAUAUUGGGAAAGGAAAAACCCGUAGUUUCACCAAGGUCACGGGUAAGGCAGACUACCUGAGUACACUGGGUCUUCCCUAUCAAUACAACAGCGUCAUGCAUUAUUCCAUCUAUGCCUUCACCAAGGGCAGCGAGUUUGGAUCCACUAUAACACUCAACAGGAACUUUCCUGGGGAACCGGGAAAAGGUAAUGGCUUUGCCCGUAUAGAUGUUGCAAGCAUCAAUCGUUAUUACGAGUGCUGGGACUAUUACUUGGGCGACGACAUCCCCGGCUCUGUGCCCUACGCCGACUUCCACGCUUUUUUCAUGAGACCAAAACGUAGACGCAGGAAAUCCACUGAAGCCCUCAGAACCUGGAUAUACCGUAUGAGGAAUAAAUACUCGCAGUGAUUUAUAUUUUAUUGUGAUCCGUUUUACAUUGACUAUUUCUUU